AUGGAUUUCACUAUGGCAGCCAUUGUAGCAGCUUUGGCUACCAUUUUUCUACUACUCCCCUUUAUCUACAACCUCUUAUUUGAAAGAGGGGCCAGCCAAAAACCACCCCAAGCCGGCGGUGCAUGGCCAAUAAUCGGUCAUCUCCACCAACUCGCCGCCCCUCAACCCACCUAUAAAAUCUUGGCCGACAUGGCGGACAAAUACGGGCCUAUAUUCCGAUUAAGGCUCGGCGCGCAUCAAUUCGUGGUGGUGAGCGACUCGGGAAUCGCCAAACAAUGCUUUACCACCAACGACAGAGCCCUAGCUGGGCGGCCCAAGGCCAUAGCUUCGGAGAUCAUGGGAUACAACCACGCCAUGUUUGGGCUGGUUCCGUACGGUCAGUACUGGCGCUAUGUCCGCAAGGUUGUCAUGCUCGAGCUGCUGUCCAACCGCCGUCUCGAGGUGCUGGGGCGGGUUUUGGAAACAGGAAUAAGAUCAUUUACCCAAGACAUCCACCGAACCUGGCUGAGGGACAAGAAUGAAUCCGAGGAUAUAAAGCUGGACAUGAAAGAGUUGUUUGGGAAACUAAUCAUGGACAUCAUGAUUCAGAUGCUUUUCGGGCAGCGGCCCGAGGAAGAAAGGAGACGGACAGUGGUGACAGUGAAGAAAUUCUAUGAUCUGUUGGGGGCGUCUGCUCUUGGUGAUUUUGUGCCAUGGCUAAGAUGGUUGGAUAUAGGAGGACAUGAGAAGGCUAUGAAGGAGACAGCCAAAGAGAUGGACACCAUAAUGGAAAGUUGGCUACAACAACAUAAAAGGAAAAGAAAUACGAAAUCUGAAGAAGAGGAACAAGACUUCAUGGAUGGAUUGCUGUCCAGUUUUCAUGGCGCUGAUGGGGAUGACAAAAAUAUUCCUAAAGAUUUUGGCGCUGACACAAUUGUCAAAGCCACUUGCACGAGUGUAUUAUUAGCUGGAAUGGAUACGACUGCCGUAACAUUAACAUGGGCACUAUCUUUAGUAUUGAACAAUUAUAGUGUGUUGGAGAAGAUCCGAGCUGAGCUAGAUAUUCAUGUUGGAAGGGAAAGGCAUGUCAACUUAUCCGACCUAAGCAAUUUCACUUAUCUUCAAGCAGUUGUAAAAGAAACCUUACGUUUAUAUCCUGCUGGUCCUCUUUUAGUGCCACAUGAAUCUAUAGAUGAUUGCAUGGUAGAUGGCUACACCAUUCUAAAAGGUACACGCUUAUUGGUGAAUGCUGCUAAGAUUCAUCGAGAUCCAAAUUUUUGGUCAGAUCCCAACAUGUUUCGGCCAGAAAGAUUCUUGAAUGAACACAAUGAGAUUGAUGUUAAAGGUAAUCAUUUUGAGUUAAUUCCAUUUGGCAGUGGUAGGAGAAUGUGUCCUGGGAUUUCUUUAGCACUACAAAUUGUGGAGUUGACCUUGGCCAGUCUUAUUCAUAACUUUAAUUUAAAAAGGGUUUCAAAUGAGCCUAUCGACAUGACUGAAAGCUUCGGGCUAACGAUUAUGAAAAAAAGUCCACUCUGUGCUCUCUUUACCCCAUGUUUAUCUUCACAUCUGUACUGUUGA